UCCGAUCAGAGUACGAUACAACUCAAAGCGAGACGUCUCUGUUUAUGUCCAACAUAUUACUCUGCUGUCGUGUCCGCACGGAGAGCGAAGCAUUAAAAAAAAUUUUUUUACCUUUUGGGGAAUUUCACUUUGUACAGGAAGAAAGCCACCACGAAACGUUGUAGGAUUGGCCAUUCUGACUCGUUUUUGUCUCAAACGUUGAGAGAUUUGUUGACAAAUUGCCUUUGUUAGUUAGCAAGCGAGCUAGCCAAACGAAGUUGGGCUGAAGCGGCUGGUGGUAGAUUGCUGUCACUGAGCGGUGAGGAGGAGAGAAUCGACGGGAACAACCACACCAUCGACUCCGCUGGUUGCGGCAGCGACAACCAACAGGCGCAUGCAGGAUGAGGAGGCGGAGCUGAGGCUCAGCUGACCCCGCCCCUUUAGUGUGACCUCCCUUCUACCCUCACCCCUCCUCACCCAUCCAGCCAGCCGUGCCCAUGUUCUCUCCAGAGCAGGAAAAUAUCUCCCCCUCCUCCACCUCCUCCUCCAAAGUGCCAGUGAAAUACGGAGAGCUCAUGGUGCUGGGGUACAAUGGCUCCCUACCCAACGGGGAUCGAGGCAGGAGGAAAAGCCGUUUCGGUCUGUCUAAGAGACCCAAGGCUAAUGGGGUCAAACCCAGCACAGUGCAUGCAGCCUGUACCCCACAAGCUGCUAAGGCUAUCAGCAACAAGGACCAACACAGCAUCUCCUACACGUUAUCCAGAGUCCAGACGGUGGUGGUGGAGUAUACUCAUGAUAACAACACAGACAUGUUCCAGAUUGGUCGUUCCACAGAAAGCCCUAUAGACUUUGUGGUAACCGACACAGUGGCAGGGAGCCAGAGUAACUCAGACACCCAGUCAGUCCAGAGCACCAUCUCCCGAUUCGCCUGCCGCGUCACGUGUCAGAGGACGCCCCCCUACACCGCACGCAUCUACGCUGCAGGCUUCGACAGCUCCAAGAACAUAUUCCUAGGGGAGAAGGCAGCUAAAUGGAAGACGUGUGACGGUCAGAUGGACGGGCUGACCACCAACGGCGUGCUGGUGAUGCACCCUCGCCACGGCUUCACAGAGGACUCCAAACCGGGCGUCUGGAGAGAGAUCUCUGUCUGCGGCAAUGUCUUCACCCUCCGAGAGACUCGCUCCGCUCAGCAACGGGGCAAGAUGGUGGAGGCAGAGAGCCAGGAGCUGGUGGAUGGCUCUCUGAUAGACCUGUGUGGUGCCACCCUCCUGUGGCGUACGGCCGAGGGCCUGAGCCGCACCCCCACCGUCAAACACCUGGAGGCUCUACGUCAGGAAAUCAACGCAGCCAGGCCCCAGUGUCCCGUAGGCUUCAACACCCUGGCCUUCCCCUCCAUGAGACGCAAGGACACCCCAGAUGAGAAGCAGCCGUGGGUGUAUCUCCAGUGUGGCCACGUCCAUGGAUACCACAACUGGGGGAGCCACCGGGACAGAGACAGGCUGGACCGGGACCAGGAGGAGAGGGAGCAGGGCCGGAGCAGGGAGUGCCCCAUGUGCCGAGCCAGGGGGCCGUACGUUCCCCUCUGGUUGGGCUGCGAGGCAAGCUUCUAUCUGGACACGGCUCCGCCCACCCACGCCUUCUCACCGUGUGGUCACGUGUGUUCUGAAAAGACGGCAGUGUUCUGGAGUCAGAUCCCGCUGCCGCACGGAACACACACCUUCCACGCCUCCUGUCCGUUCUGCGCCCAGCAACUGAGCGGCGAGCAAGGAUACGUUAGACUCAUCUUCCAGGGCCCACUCGACUAGGGGGACUAUUUGUCCUUGGUCGGAACUACUUUUUUAUUGGUCGCUAUGGAACGAUGCUUAUAACGAAAUCUUAUAACUUCCAACUCCCUGGGAUUGUGGGGGGAUUUUCUGGACUAUUCUCUCCGUUUCUGUUUGUCUCUCCGUGUUUUUAACUGGCCUUUCUAUUGUUGUUUUUUUAAUGGGAAUGAAAACAAAGAUUUCUAUAUUUUCAUGUGAAACAAGACAAAAAAGAAACAAGCAAACAAACACACUACUGGGUGAUAUGAUUUAGUUUUCUGAAAGAACUGUAAACAUUAUUUAUCUAUUGUACUAACAUAUGACCACAUAUGGUUUUAUUCUCGUUUGUUGCAAUAUCCAUCCGUAUUCAGCUUUAAGACUUAUGCCCAGACCUCAUAAUAACUCAACUCCAAAAAGAAGACAAACUACAUUAGUUCUACUGCUUUACUCUUCUUGGUCAAGAUGCCUCACUUCAAUACUGUAACAUUUUUAUUGUGCUAUUAGAGUAGAAUAAUAGCAGAUUUCAAGUUCAAGGGUCGUAUUCACUAGGAGCUCAACGGAAGCAAACAGGAAGGGACCUACCUGAGUUGGUCCAAUGAGAAACGCUUGUAACCUUAACCAUUAGUGGGGAAAAUGUGAAACGGACUCAAGAUCAGCGUCUAGGGGCAACUCCAACCUACACAGUGUUAUAACUGUUCCGUUUUUUCCACAAGGCGUUGCCAUGACCUUUCACAUUUGAAGCAAUAGAUUUGGACGGAGACUUCCUGCUAAUGCGAGCAACUUGGGAUUUGUAGUCCCAUGAGUGAGUCUGUAUGUCAGACAUCCUUUUAUGACCGUCUUCUCCCUUCGAAGCACAGGCCUAGAAACCAAACAAGCCCAAACUGAUGUGAUUAAGUCGUUGGAGAGGUGUGUGAGCAAAUGGUUGUGCUUCCGCACGUGUUGAGUUAGAGCCUGUGUGUAUGUUCUGAUACUCUGCUCUGAUUGGUUAGAUAGAUUGACAGCUAUGUGAUUUCUGUCUGGAGUUUUGAACGAGUGAACAAACACACACACACUGUUGCCUGUGUAAAGACAGACCGGUCAUUUAAUUAUUUCUAAUGUAUAAAUGUUGAAUGUCAUUCUCUUCUUAAGUAUCUAGGCUUCACGAUAAUUCUGAAUGAAACAGUAUUUAUAUGGUCAAAAUACCUCAGUGGAAAAUGUAGUCCUAAACUUCAACCUUCAGAAAAUCAGUUCAGAAUGUUGUGGGGGGGGAGGGUGGGGGGGGGCAUUACACAGUAUAAAUGAUGUGUAUGAAUAGUACUGUAUCAUGUAUUUACUGUAUGAGUGUGUAUGAAUAGUACUGUAUCAUGUAUUUACUGUAUGAAUGUGUAUUUUGUGUAACAGUAUUUAGUGUGAUUCUUCAGUCCUUGUUUGGACCUGAAAUCCCCCAAAGUCCCCACAAGGAUAGUAAAACAAGGACAAUUCUCCCUCGUGGGGACAUUUCCCACGUCCCCAUGAAGACAAAGGCUAUUUUAAGCUCAGGUGUUAAGUUUAGGGUUGGGGGGAAAAUAGGAUUUUGAAUGGAAAUGAAUUUGAGGUCUCCACGAGGAAAGAAGAACAUAACGUGUGUUCGUAUGUGCUGUAUUGUACACAGAGGGAUCUCCACUGCUCUCUGAAUCUGACAGAUACUCACCUCAGGGAGGAGACACACACCCCUGUCUGACCUAUAGAUGUCUGUUCUCACACACACACACCUGUCUCUCACACACACACACACACACACACACCUGUCAGCCCUAUUGACACACACACACACCUCUCUGUCUGGCCCAUAGACAUCUAAACAGACACUCUCCUUGCAACGGACUUCAGAGGAUACCUCAUCGGUAGCUAAAGGUCGCUGUCUGUCUGUCUUGUCUUGUCUUCAACAAACCCACUGUCUAAAGCCUCAUCUUUAUACUCUACUCAAGUACACAACACAAGCCGAGCCAAAUGGCUGUUCGGGGUUAUUGUUUUAGCAAAAAAUAUGCAAACGUGUUCAGCCCCGCAAUUUGUAAUUACGCAGGAUCACAAUGUUGUGUAGGCUGUAUAUUAGGCUUACUGUCUUGUCUGUCAGCUGUUCUGUGGACUUGUCAAAGGCACUGUGUUCCUCUUAUUGGGGAAAGUGUGCAAGCAAGGGCUCUACUCUCUGGUCGUCCCUAAUGGCACCCUGUUCCCUUCAUAGGGCUCUGGUCAAUAGUAGUGCACUAUAUAGUACAGCUGGGAUGUUCAACCGUUAAUUAUCGACACCGGCAAUACCGAUCACCACCGUUAAUUAUCGACACCGGCAAUACCGAUCACCGCCGUUAAUUAUCGACACCGGCAAUACCGAUCACCGCCGUUAAUUAUCGACACCGGCAAUACCGAUCACCGCCGUUAAUUAUCGACACCGGCAAUACCGAUCACCACCGCAGGCAGUAGCCUAUACUAGAGAAAUGUGAAGUUUGAAAUGAAAUAAGUUUGCUAAUAUGGGUGAUUGUUAAUGGGACAAUUUACAGCUACAACCACUAAACUAGUAGUAGUAGUUUAAAUGAUAAUAAUAUAAACUGUGGUGCAGAUUAAUGAUGUAAACAUAUCGUUCUAUUUAUCAUUAUCGCAUUAAUUAAGGCAAUUUAUCGCAAGAUGGAUUUUUGUCCAUAUCGCCCAGCCCUACUAUAUAGGGACUAGGGUGCCAUUUUGGACACAGCCAAUGUCCGUCUGUGUCUACUGUCUGCAUGGUGUCUCUCCUCUGUUUCUCUACUCUAGCUCUGGUCCAGGGCGUUUAGUGAAGGAAGGCUGAGCAGUAACACCCUGGACCAGAGCUAGACUAUCUAUUCUGUCUGGAGGCUUUCUGAUGCUUUAAGGCAAAAGCUGAGAAUGUUUUCUGAUUUAACAGUUUUUGUACCGACUUUAAACAAUAAAGUUUAAAACAUGACACAUUUUA